CUUUAACAGAGGUGUUGUGAUGUUCAGGUCUGCCUGUGGACCUGCAGUACCUCCCCGAGGACAAGAAGAGAGAAGAAGACCCCGACAUCAGGAAGAUGCUGCUGGAGACUCUUCUACUGCUGACAGCGACCAAAGCGGGCCGGGACAUAUUCGAGAAGAAGAGCGUUUAUCCCAUCAUGAGGGAGUUCCACAAAUGGGAGACGGAUGUCCACGUUACAGCGGCCUGUGAGAAACUUGUGGAGGUGCUGAUAGGAGACGAGCCAGAGCCGGGGAUGGAGAACCUGUUGGAGGUGGACAUUCCUGAAGAGGUGGAGGAGAAACUGACGAAGGCAGACGCCAGAGAACAGGAGGAGCUAGAGAAAGAGCAGGAGAGGAUGAAACAGGAGGAGGAAGAGGAGAAGAAAAAGAGGAGUGACACAGAGGGGUCGGAAAAAGAACAGGAGGCUGGACUGAUACGAUGAAGCUUUCAGACGUGGUUUCAUCCACUGCAUCUAUUUAAGCAACGGCUUUGUGACAUUAAGACAGUUAAGUGUUUAUUACAGAUUUAUUCAGACAUUACAGGACUUUGAGAGAGCCACUGUGAUUCAUCAUCUGCUCCACAGAGGACUUAUCACUGCUGCAGGGCUCAACUAGAAUUGAACAUGUAAAGUAAGUAAUGAUAUAAAAAAGAAGAGUGUUGGAUUUUAAAAUAAAUGUUUCUCUUGAAAGCCUUUAAAUAAUAUUGUGAGCAUGAGAGGUUAGAGCUGCAACUUACCUGACUUAUCUAUUAGUCGUUUGACAAAAAAAACGUAACGAUGGUUUUUCAAGCAAGAAUUGCCAUCUCAAAUGUGGAGAUAUCCUGUUUUUCUGUUGGGUUGUAGACUGACAACAGCUUGGGCUUUUAGAACCUAGGAUGGGUGUUUUCCAUGCUUUCUGAUAUUUAUAGUCAAAAACUAUUCAUGUAGUAAAUACUGGUAAGAAUAAAAAAUAAUAAAAGCUGUUUUUAGUUGUAGCUCCAUGAGGGA